AUGGCGGGGCCGCUGCCGUGCCCGUGCCUGUGCCUGUGCCUGUGCUUGUCCUUGUCCUUGUCCUUGUGCCUGUGCGAGCUGCGCCCCGGCCCGGCCCCCGCCUGCAGCCCGCGCUGCCGGCACGGCGGGCUCUGCCUCGCCGACGGCUCCUGCCUCUGCUCCAAGGGCUACGAGGGCGAGCGCUGCCAGCACGCUACAUGUUAUCCAAAAUGCAAAAAUGGGGGAGAGUGCCUCCGACCUGGAAAAUGCAGAUGCCCACCUGGGUAUGGGGGUAGAUACUGCCAUAAAGUAAGCUGUGAAGGAGGCUGUCAGAAUGGUGGGGAAUGCAUCUCUGUCAACGGAGUCGUGAAGUGCCUUUGUGCUUCUGGCUGGACAGGAUCAAGAUGCCAGGAAGCAAUUUGUCCUCAAGGUUGUCGGAAUAAUGGAGCUUGUGUGGCUCCUGGGAUUUGUAGCUGUCCAGCUGGAUGGGUCGGUAGAGCAUGUCACUUAGCUGUAUGUAAACUGCCCUGCCAGCAUGGAGGGAAAUGCAUCGCUCCAAACGUGUGUAGGUGUCGACUGACAUACUCUGGGCCACAGUGUACAAAGAAAAGGAAGGAAUGA